AUGUCGUUCGCACCCGGUUUUGACAGUGAUCCGGCCUCCUCUCCUGUCCCAGCCCAGCCACUUCAGUAUGAUGAGCUGUCGGUCCGUCUGGACAUCGUUGGUAACUGUGGUGGCCUCAAUCCCCGCUAUAUUCUCGGUGAACUCAGCCCGGUACCACCAAACCAAAUCACAAUUGGUCACGGUACUUCCGGCACCGUCCUAGAGGCCGGGCUUAAAUGUCACCUUGAGCCCGGUACCAAGGUCGCGAUCUAUCUCAUUACCCCGUGUCGCAGGUGUGCGUGUUGCAAAGAGAGACAGUACAGCAAAUGUAUCGGGAAAAAUCUCCACAAGCCGCACACCCCCGGGUCGGUUAUCACAAUUCUUAGGGCGCUUGUCGUACCACUCCCAAGCCCGCUCACACUUGAUGAAGGCGCCCUCAUCCAAGUACUCGCUCUGGCAGUUAAGAUAGUCAACACGGCGGAUCCAAAGCCUGGGCAGAGUUUUGUUGUGCUCGGUGUAUCCUGUAUCGGAAUUCUUUGUUGUCUCCUGGCGCGCGCGCGAGGUGUGAGGCAAAUUAUGGUCGUGGACCGUGAUGAGGGUCUUUUGGAUGUCGCCAGACGGUUUGUCCGUUUUUCGGGGACUAGACCAGAUGAGACUGUAGCGGCGAUUACAUGUGUUGUCCCCGAGGGGGUUGAUGCGCUGGAAGGUGCUGCAGCACUGGUGCAGGCAUUUGGCAGGGAGCCAGAUAUCUGUGUAAACGCAACUGGGGAGUACGGCCUAAUGAAUGUGGCAUACAAGGCGGUGAAGGCUGGGGGUGUAUAUGUCCAUGCUGGGGUCAGAGAGAGUGAUGUGAGUUGGGACGUUUUGGAAAUGUGGAGAGACGACGUUAAAAUCCAUGGGGGAGUCGGCUGUGAGGAUUUGAAUUAUGAGGAGGCGGUAAAGAUGGUCAUGUACGGAGAGGUGAGCCUUCGUGAGUUUUGUCACCAGGGGUAG